AUGGGGCCCCUGUCCAGCCAGGUCUGGGUUGGGAGACGCUGGAGCAGUCACAGCUCUCUGGGGCUGCAGUGUGAGCCGGCCCCGAACACGCUGCCGUCCGAGUUGUUGGCUGAGUACAAGGGUGUGUUUGAGAUGUUCGAUGAAGAGGGGAACGGCUUGGUGAAAACAGAUGACUUGGCCAAACUGAUGAGCCUGCUGGGGAUCAACGUAACCAAACGGGACCUCGCACAGAUGGUCAAGGAUGUCGACAAAGAGGGGAAAGGUCUGUUUAACUGUGACGACUUCCUUGUCUUGAUGGGCGAUUACCACGAGAAGGCGAAGAAUCAGGAUGAGGAGCUGAAGCAAGCCUUUCUGGUGUUCGAUCCCGACCUGAAGGGCUACAUUGACUGGAACACACUGAAGUACGUCCUGAUGAACGCCGGGGAGCCUCUCAAUGAAGAGGAGGCUGAACAGAUGAUGAAAGAGGCUGAUAAAGACGGAGAUGGAACCAUAGACUACCAAGAAUUUGUCGACAUGAUGACUGGUGAAUCCUUCAAACUGAUCAAGUAACUGCUUCUGAAGGAAGA